UUUCCUUACGAAAAAAAGCGCUGUAAACGCCAAAUAAAAAAAAAAAAAAAAUGUAAAAACACGGCGGUUAUUUUCGCCCGCCGCUCCCAAUGAGAAUCUGCGCGCGGGCCUACAAAAAUAUCCGCCGCGCCGGCAUUGUAUGUUGUAAGACGUUGUCGUUCUUCAGAACACACUUCUUACCUUCUUGAAUAUGGACGAGUCCAGGAAUAGCACCACCAGCAGCUGUCGCAUCAUCCACGCCACCUGGAGAAUGAGCCGCGAUACCAGAGCAGCUUCUGUCAACUAAUAAGAGAACCGAGGUGACUGGAUUGAAAAUGAUCUCCCUUGAGUGAACACAUCAUCUUCAGUCAUGGCGUGGACUGUAUCGCACAAAUACAAGGCCAUCUCAGUGCUGUGCAUCAUUCUUUUCUGCUUGUCCAUCCUCUAUGGGGAAAUUUUCUUAUCCAAGACACAACAAAGCAGCAGUGUGCAGCCUAACAAACCCAUGGAAUACAAUGUCACGAUGGUCAGCGCCUUCAUAGACAUUGGCGAGUUCGGCAAAGGUGCCCGGAACAUUAAGCGCGACCACAGGAUCUACCAGAACUGGUCAUGGGCCUACUCCGCCAUCUACUCGCCGCUUGUAUUCUACACGGACUCCCCGUCCUUCGCCGACCACAUGCAGCACGUGCGACAGAAACAGCCGGACCUCACUAAGAUUAUCCUCGUCAACCGCACCAGCCUGUGGGCCUUCCAGCUGAGGGACGCCAUCGCAGCCAUUUACCGUGCUGGUUACCCUAAACACUACCCCAACACCGUCUACCCGGAUUACACGUGCGUCACGCACGCCAAGUUCGAGUUCGUCAAAGACGCCAUCUUGAACAACUACUUCAACAGCAGGCAUGUGGUGUGGGUGGAUGUAGGCUACUUUCGAGACAUGUGGACACGGCACAAUAAAACCACAGCUUUCACAAUGCAUCUUUUGGCCAACCUGGAUCCCAAGCGGGUUCUCUGUACACAGGUGGGAGCGCCGAACUUCACGAUGGCUUGGAGAGAUAUUUUCUGGAAGAAUAUCAACUGGGUAGCAGGCGGCUUCUUCUUGGCUAAACGACAGGUCAUGGUGAAUUUCGUGCUGCAGUAUCAAAGAGCCGUGGAACUGUUCUUGCGACUAAAUCAAAGCCAGGUGGAGCAGCAUGUCCUAUAUUCUAUUUACACCGGCGAAGGCAGAGAAAUUGUAAAGCCAACAAUAGAACUUCAACCGAUUGUGUCACGCUGGUUUGAUCUUGGAUUCAACUCUUUAGUUCCAGUAAACGAUUCUUCUUUAUCUUAAAGACUUGAAUUCAUGUCUACGUUCCAAAACGUGCAAUGAACUAUAUAUAUAUUAACAAAUUUUUAUUGCUAUUUUUAUUAUUGAAUUUGUAGAGCACAUUUUAUAAAUUUUGAAAGACAUUAGGUAUUUUAUCGUUUAGUCCCUCAAAAAAGCCUUUAAAAAGUACUUAUUACUGAUUUUCUAAAAGUAUCUACACAAAUUUACUUUUCAACAAAAACUAAAGGUUUAUUUUUUAAAAACAGUUUUACAAAACUGGCGUGUGUUUAACAGCUCCAAUAAAUAAUGUUUUGUUAUUUUAAAACACAGAAGAUUUACUAUAAAGACAAAUACCUGAUAAUAUAUUUUUAUUAUACAACUUGAUGGCUUAUCUUGAUGGAAGAGAUUCGUUAAGAUUGAGCUUGAUUUUUAAAAAAUCAUUUUAGACCAUGGAUUUAAUUUUAUGCAAACAAUUCUGAAAGUCUUUGAUUUUGGCAAAGAUAUUUGUAGUUAGAUAAAGAUUUGUAACAUUAAAAUCUAAGUUCAGCAGUUAUAGCAAAGGGUUACAGGAGUACUCACUAUACGAACCUACCGGUGACAUUAAGAGACAGUAUUAUGUGACAUAAGGUCGAAUGAAAUAAGGGCUCGAAGUAAAUAUAUUUAAGUUUUCUCUGUGAAGAACUUGCAUAACAGGAAAGACUCCCAUAAUUCUUGUUUUUCUUGUAAAAAUUUUACAUUUUUUUUUUGUUUUUUGCUUUGCUCUAGAAAUGGCUACUAAUUAUUUUAACUUUUUGUAGAGAUCGUAUUAGUAUAAGAAUUCUAUGCUGGAUCUUUAUUGGAGGGAGCUGUAUAUGUAGUAUUUAUAGCUUAUAUUUUUCCAUAUUCUAACCAUGAUAUCCGAGAUAGUUAUGUAUGAGUGUUACACUAUGUGUUUAUAUAUUUAUAUGCACGUGCACAGUGUAAUAAAAAAAAAAUAAACUGGAAAAUAAUUGUUUGAGGUAUGAAUUGGGAAGUUGAAUUUCUGAUAGUCCUACCUCAAAUUCUCACUCCAAGUCGAUGGUCUGCAGAAGUUUAGUAAAAUAGUGACUAGCAGAGUUGUCUGGAGAAUAUUCCAUCUAGCUGUUGCUGGGUAGGGUGAGAUAAAACAUGGUUUUUUGGUUGUUGUUGUUUUUUUUUUCUUUUUUUUGAUUGGUGAAAACAGGAAGCGGUGGAGGGUCGAUAGCAGGGUUGGGAAGCACGUAUCCGAGACAGCUACCGAGCAAAGCCACCCACAAAUUGUCCUCUCCGUGUCCACGUGUCAGAUUAAAGAGCGAGACGCCGACCACAACAUAAAUAAGGAUCAUUUGGCAAAAAAAAUACAAUUUCACUUCGAGGAAUUCGACGUUCCAUGAUGCGCCACAAGCCAGUCGGUGGUUGGUGGUGGUAGUGGUGGUGUUGUGCCUUCCAUCAGUACCGGGUGAGCGACGACUGCGGAAUCCAAGAAUUAUAUGAGGCAUCGUAACCAUACCAUUUGACUAAAUACUCCUUUCUUCCUCCUGCCCCCACAUUAAAAUCUCCUCGAUUCGAUACUUGUCUUUUACACCGACCUUUUGUAGUUCUUGGCUGUAAAACGUUCUGUGUACA